AUGAUGCGAGGGGAGCACCGGAAAGUUAUGGUGAAGGUAGAGGUGAAGGAAGAGGCGAAGGAAGAAGCAAGAGACGUCAUGAUGCAGGAGGGUAGCUCCACGGAACACACAGAGGACGGCCAACCAUCGGGUCAGGAGCGAGAGUUGAAGAGGAGGAGGAUCGAUGGUUCUCGCUCAGAUGACGAAACUGACGAAUCUGCGGGAGAGGAGCAUGAGGAGACUGAGGUCCCGAACUUCUACAGCACUAGGAUCGUACAACUCAGGAAUCUCCUCCAAGAUAUUGAUGUGAUGGUGCCCCAAAGCCGCAGACAGGAGCUAGGUGGGCUGACAGAGCUGUGCUUCCAACUCCAGCAGAUGGUCCAGAAGUCGAAAGUCUGCUUGCUGGGAACGAACGGGGUUGGAAAAAGCUAUCUGAUCAACGUAUGGCUCAUGAUAACCUCUUGCCUGCCAUCCGAGUAUGAGCAGUGGAAUUGGAACCAGAAAUCCUCGCUCAUCCACGAAAACGUUAAAUCAUUCUUGGAGAAAACAGGCUUGACCAAGGAUGAUGUGAAGAGGAUUGAUGACACGACAUCAAGUCGAACGAACGACAUUGAUGAUAUGAUUGGUAGCCUGACCAACAUCAUUCACCCUGAGCGCACAGGACUCUCUGGUGAUGGCCAGGCUUACUUGUUGCCCAGUCAGGAGCUCGGCACCAGCAACACUACUUGCGCUAUCACCUUGAUUCACUCCAAGUGCUUUUGCAUGCUUGUGGAGUACAGGAGCAAAGAGGAGCUACUGAAAGACGCGGACCAGUGGCUGCUGCAACCGAGGUGUAGGGAGUCGGAGCCUGACUAUGACGACACGUUGCAGGAGGAAGAGAUACAAAGCUGGAUCGAUCGAUACAACGCUGUCGUUGCAGAUCAGUACAGCGCUUCUGAAUUUGGGAUUGUCCCUGAGUAUGUCAAAAGCAUCGAUGAUGUUCAGAUGAAGCCAGAGCUUGAAAAACUCGCAGGUCGUCGGAACCUUUAUGUAGGCAAAGGAAGAGAUCUGCACAAUGACAGAGCUUUCAUCAGAGAGCUUCUGGUCAACCUUCAAAACAGUGAGGAGUUCAAAGUUGCCGUCAAGUCCGUCAUAGUUGGUGUCCCCAGCGCGAUUCUUGAGGAGGUGGAUCAGCUGACAGACUGCCCAGGUACGAACGAGAAGGAUACUUUUUUGAAAGCUGCAACAAGAUCAGCAAUCGAGGAUCAUGAUGUGAUCGUGAUCCUUGCAGACAAGGCACUUCAAGCGCAAGAAAGCAGCAUGAAACCACUUUGUAAGAGUGAGUUCUUGAAAAACAUGGUGAGGCAUCCAGAAAGGUUCAAAAUUGUGGUCUUCUUCUGUAAUGAGAACAGUAAAAAUCUUGUCAAGUGGAGUCAACAAAUCAUAGGAGAUUCAGUUAAGGAUCAGCCAAAUCGUGAAGUUAUGCUUUCAAAGAGCAAGGUCUACAUGUAUCAGAUAUUGGUGCAGGCAUGUCAGAAAGCAAGGUUGGACAGAGUGAUUGAAAGGGCCAAGGAAAUCAGCGAAUCGAUUUUAUACACUCACAUCUAUCCUUCCCUGUACGCUGCCAUCGAGUUUGACAAGACGUGGCGAGAUCAGAACGCACCUGAGCUGUCGCGCAUCUUCAACUACAUCGACAGCGAAACGAUGAUGGGAGUAUUCCGGAAAUUGCAUGCCAGGAACCUGUCGAAAGCUGCGCCGAACCUCUUUGAACGAAUUCAAACUUUCAUGGACGAGCUCCUGAGGAAUGAAAGCCAGGCAAGCGCAGUCAGUCCGGUGCAAGCAGACACGGCGCUGCUUGAAGGAGCUCGAGAGUUCAAGAAGCUGUUCAAGUUCCACUCACGUACAAUCAAGCAAGUGAAGCAGAAGACACUGCCGCUCGUCGAGGGGCUUCGAAAACACUUUCUUGGGAGCGAACAUGUCCCUGAACAAAGAAAUCAUCAAGUAGAAAAACUAGAAGAUAGGAUCAGAACGUUCAUCAACAAGGAUCGCAACGGCGCUUUCGAGAAGAACUUCGUUGAAUUCUUCAGUGCGUUAGUCGACGAACUUGACAUCAGGGAGAACAACAAAGUCUGGAUGUCGAGCAAGUGGGCCGGGAGGGGGGAAGAGUGUCACUUCUACCCUCAGAUUUCUGGUUUCUUCGACGAGUCAUUGCAAUAUGAACACCUCAAAGAAGUUCUCACACAAUUUCUGUCUGAGAUGGUGGCAGAUGGCAUCAAAAUGAUGGAAGAAUUCAUGUCGGGGGAUUUCUUCCCGGAGUACAAAAAGUCUGCAAACUUCCCGAUGCUCUUGAAGCAAUACAUCAAAGAAACGCUGGUUGACGACCAGCUCGCUAAGGCGAAAGAAAGAUUCUUCGAUUUCGGCAGCGUGACCCAGAAACUGUCAAAAAGCAACUUCGAGACCAAGAUCAUCAGCGAAGCGACGCAGAAAGCAAUCAAAAAGUACCUCAAGGAACUCGAGAAGGAUCUGAAAACCUUGACUAUCGUCGAGUACAAGGCGAACCUGAAGGCAGGAGCUCAACGCCUAUUAGCUUAUUUCUCGGAUUUGUGUUUGGAACAGCUGAUGAAGAAGGCAGAGUACGCGUAUACCCUCCUCGUGUCACGCUUCAUUACUCUGAGCAAGAGAAACCAACCGCCCAGGAUCUCCUUUCCCAUCGCUUGCUACGAGUUCGCCACCUACGUGCUUACUAACUCUGGGGAAGACUGCAAGCCCUUGACCCAGGACGUGAUCGACCUCCCGACCAUCUGCAGGCAGAUGACGGAGUGCAUCCCGCGCACGCAAGCUGACAAGUACGAGGAGGUAGUUGGGAGGGAAGUCGCAGAGGCCAUGGCCAGGAGGAGGAUGCACAGAGAGCUGGACGGCAGUCAGCGAGAGCACGGAAACCUCCUGCUGGGUCCAAGCUUGAAGCCUAUCAAGGAUAGGGUGUCACAAUCUGCUACGAUGCUACAACUGCCUCUUGCCAUCGAGGCCGACAAGGUGGAGGACAUGCUGAGGGAGCUCAAGCAGAACAAGCUCAAGGUCUGGCCGAGCACGGAGAAAGUGAACGCAGGAGAGAGCGGGAGCAUGUGUCUGUUCGAGGCCAUCGCUCACAACAGGUGGGAAGGUGAGAUGCACUUGAAGGAGAAGAUGAUGCAGCUGAAGAUUCUUUUCUGCCUUGAGAUGUCGAGGAGCAACGAGACAGCUGAAAGUAGAGCAGAGUUCGCGGAGACAUACCGCCACGUCAUCCCCCAGCAUCUCGACUGGAAGCGAGACUGGAAGUCAUACCUGCAGGAGGCGGAGAAGGACGACUGGGCUGGCGACUUCUUGUGCUUGGCGGUCUUGAUGGAGAGGCUGUUCAAGCAGCCCUGUAACGCCCUCGUCUGGUGCCCAGGAAUGCCGAGCGUGCUCAAGACAAACGACAAGUUGGAGCCCUACUAUCGCUUCGCUGUCUUGUCGCAGGAGAACGGGCACUAUGACUUCAGGAUGGUGACGUCCAAGGACAGGAGGCUGGAGGAGCCGCAGAACCAGGAGGAGCUGCAGGGCGCGGAAGAGCCACAGGAGAAGGGGAGAGAGAGGUACACCCUCAGGUCGCGAGCCCCGUCAGCAAUGCUGCUCUUCACCUUCAAGGUGCUGGAGUGCGAUCGCUUCGAGGACCUGUGCAGCAUGGCGUUGGAGCUUGGCAUCAAGAUCCACAUCCCCAGGUCCCAGCUGCUAGCCAUCGAUAAGGACCGGCCGGGCUCACAGAGGAUGACAGAUCUGAACAUGUACAUCAAGGAGAUGUGCGUCAAGAAAUCGUCGCUCUUCCAAGUCGGAAAGCCAGGACAACAUCGAAAACGACGAGACAUCGAGGAGGACCCGUCGCUGGAUCAGCUCGUCAGACUAGCGCAGUUGCUGCAGAACGAUGAAGUCGUCAUCGUGGUAGCCGAAGAGGACGAGAAGGUCUACGGAGACUGCAUGAAGGCCAGGGUCCCAGUGUUUCCCUCAGGCUUCGGUAGCAGGCGAGGCCGUACUGGCUCGGGAGCAGUCAGCAUGUCUGACUUGCUCCAGAGAUUGCAGAGCCGCUCGCCUGAGGCUCCAGCAGACCGUGUGAAGUUCCUGCAGGAGCAGUGGGACGAGAAGUGCGGGAAGAAGCGGAAGAUUUCACAAGAAGGAGCUGCUGGCUGCUGA